AUGAAGCCAUUUACUCUUCUUGUAUCACUCGCUCUGUGCGUUGCUGCCGUCACCGCAAGAGACGUCCCCGAGUGGAAUUCAGCAUGGAACUAUAUGGAAAGAUUUGGUAUUCCAGAAGCUAAGAGGAUUCGAGCUGCUGAAGAAGAAUACCUAUCGUCGAGGAUUACUGGUGGAUCACCGGCCAAUUUAGGUGAAUUUCCCUACCAGGCUGGACUUAUCUCCAGUAUUAUUGGCACAACUAAUCAAGGUGUCUGUGGAGGUGUUCUUCUGUCAGCGAACAGGGUUAUCACUGCUGCCCACUGUUGGUACGAUGGGAGCAACCAGGCCUACCAACUUGAAGUCGUCCUGGGUUCCAUAUUGUUAUUCUCUGGUGGAACCAGAAUAAUCUCUAGCGAUGUUGUCUUGCAUUCAGACUGGAUACCUAUCCUCAGUCGCAACGACGUCGCUAUGAUUCGCCUUCCCCAAAAUGUACUGUUUUCAAGUGUACUUUCUCCAAUUGCUUUGCCUUCCGGGUCAGAGCUUUCCGAAACCUUCGCUGGUGCGACCGUAGUUGCCUCUGGUUUUGGGUUCCUUGGUGAUUAUGAUGAUGCCGUUAUCAGACCGAAUCAGUUUUUGAGUGGUGUGACGCUGUCUGUGAUCACAAAUGAAGAAUGCCGCAGCAUACCGGCCUUCGCUGUCCACGUGAUUGAAAGUAAUCUUUGUACCAGUGGUGCUAACGCCAAGAGCCCCUGCCGCGGUGACUCUGGUGGACCUCUCACUAUUACAAGGAACAACAGGAAAAUAUUGAUUGGUCUCGUCUCCUUCGGAAUGAGAGCCAUAAAGAUGAAGUUUGUAAUUAUUGUAGCAGCUCUAGCUGCUUACGUUGCUGCUGAUGUUUCAACUGUAGUUCCCGAAUGGAACACAGCAUGGAACUACAUGGAAAGGUUCGGUAUCCCUGAAGCAGAGAGGAUUCGCAAAGCUGAAGAAAGAUACGUGUCUUCAAGAAUUGCCGGUGGCACACCCGCGAAAUUAGGUGAAUUUCCCUACCAGGCUGGUCUUAUUUCUGACAUUGUUGGCAAAACUGGUCGAGGUGUCUGCGGGGGCUCUCUCCUCUCAGCAAACAGAGUUCUCACGGCUGCCCACUGUUGGUAUGAUGGUAACAAUCAAGCCUGGAGAUUCGAAGUUAUCCUCGGUUCCGUGCUGUUAUUCUCUGGCGGUACCAGGAUGCACUCUCAAGAUGUUGUCAUGCACUCUGGCUGGUUCCCCUUUCUCAUUCGUAAUGACAUAGCUAUGAUACGCCUUCCACAGAACGUUGAGUUCUCAAGCACCAUUUCUACUGUUGCGUUACCUUCUGGACUUGACAUUUUUAAUAACUUCGCUGGACAGGCCGCAGUUGCUUCUGGCUUCGGUUUAACCCGGGAUGGACUAGAUGUUGGUAUUGAACGAAACCAAUCUUUGAGCGGAGUCACCGUACCUGUGAUCACAAACGACGAAUGCCGUCGCAUUUUCCCUCUUCACGUCGUCGAUAGUAACCUUUGCAUCAACGGUGCUAAUGGUAGGAGUACCUGCCGUGGUGACUCUGGUGGCCCACUCGUUGUCACAAGGAACAACCAAAAAACACUGAUUGGUGUCACCUCUUUUGGCUUAGCCUUAGGCUGCACAAUUGGAUUCCCCGCCGCUUUCGUUAGAGUUACUUCUUUCAUGGACUUCAUUAACACCAACUUAAAUUAA